UCUAAUUCAGAAUCACUUUUCCUAAAACUUGUAGGUACAUCUACGUAUAUAUAAACUAUGAGCAAGCCGCGCGCUUUUUAUAACAUUCUCUCAUUCUCAUUUCCAUUCUCUUUCAAGAUGUGGAAACUAAGACACAGUUUCUACGUUCUUCUUCUUCUUCUUUUGUUUAACUUAAGCCAAACACGAUGCCACACCAAAGGAAUUCGACCGAGGAAUUCAAUGGGGAAGCAAUUACCAAGCAAUAUGACUCAAACCCAAUUCUCAGAGCAGCAAUUUAUGAAGUGGGUCAGCUUUGUUGGUAGCCUCAAACACUCUGUUUUCAAGGCUGCAAAGAAUAAGCUAACCCCUUCUUACACUCUUAAUGUGGCUAAAAAUCCGGCGGCCGGAGAUUUCACGUCAAUUCAGGAUGCCAUUGAUUCUCUUCCAUUCAUCAACCUUGUGAGAGUGGUUAUUAAGGUCCAUGCAGGGGUUUACACGGAGAAAGUGAGUAUACCUCAAUUAAAAUCCUUCAUAACAAUUGAAGGGGCAGGAGCAGAUAAAACAAUUGUUCAAUGGGGAGACACAGCUCAAACACCUGGGCUAAAAGGGCAUCCAAUGGGAACCUACGGUUCUGCAACUUUUGCUGUGAAUUCCCCUUAUUUCAUUGCCAAGAACAUCACGUUUAAGAACACUACCCCAGUUCCAGCACCAGGGGCAAUUGGAAAGCAGGCAGUGGCAUUCAGAAUAUCAGCAGAUACAGCAACAUUCUUAGGGUGUAAAUUCUUGGGAGCGCAGGACACGCUUUAUGACCAUAUGGGUAGACAUUAUUAUAAGGAUUGUUAUAUUGAAGGCUCUGUGGACUUCAUCUUUGGCAAUGGUCUCUCUCUUUUCGAGGGAUGUCACGUGCAUGCAAUAGCACAGUCGAUGGGGGCCCUAACAGCGCAAGGCAGGAGCAGUCUUUUAGAGGACACGGGGUUCUCAUUUGUGAACUGUAAGGUCACGGGCUCAGGAGCACUCUUCCUUGGGAGGGCAUGGGGUCCUUUCUCUCGGGUCGUCUUUGCUUACACAUAUAUGGACAACAUCAUCAUUCCCAAAGGCUGGUAUAACUGGGGUGAUCCUAACCGUGAAAUGACUGUGUUUUAUGGGCAAUACAAGUGUACAGGAGCAGGAGCAAGCUUUGCAGGGAGGGUAUCAUGGUCCAGGGAACUUACUGCUGAGGAAGCCAAGCCUUUUAUCUCACUUAGCUUCAUUGAUGGGUCUGAAUGGAUCAAAUUAUAAUAAUUCUGUAUCCACAUUCUUUUUUACACUUGUCUAAAUUUGUUAAAGUUAUCAUCUUGGUGUUAAAUUUUGCUCAA